AUGGACGCCGCAACCGCCGCGACGGCGACGGCGGCGGCGGCGGCGAUGGUCUGGUUCCGGAAGGGUCUCCGCGUGCACGACAACCCGGCGCUGGACUUGGCCCGGCGCGGCGCCGCGAGGGUCUACCCGGUGUUCGUGCUCGACCCGCGGUACCUCCGCCCGGACCCCGACGCGCCCUCUCCGGGCUCCGCGCGCGCCGGGGUCGCCCGCGUCCGCUUCCUCCUCGAGAGCCUCGACGACCUCGACUCCCGCCUCCGCCGCCUCGGGUCCCGCCUCCUCCUCCUCCGCGCCCGCGACGACGUCUCGGGCGCCGUCUGCGCCGCCCUCAAGGACUGGAACAUCGGGAAGCUGUACUUCGAGUCCGACACCGAGCCGUACGCCGUGGCCCGCGACAAGAGAGUCACGGAUUUUGCGGCUGCGUCGGGGAUCGAGGUGUUCUCCCCGGUCAGCCACACCCUUUUCGACCCUGCAGAAAUCAUAGAGAAGAAUGGGGGCCGGCCACCGUUGACUUACCAAUCGUUUCUGAACAUUGCCGGGGAGCCCUCCGCACCUUUAACGGAGGAAUACUCCGUGCUCCCGCCGAUUGGUGAUACCGGGGAGUGUGAGUUGUUUUCUGUGCCCAAAUUGGAGGAGCUUGGGUAUGGUGAUAUCAGCCAGGAGGACGUUCCGCCGUUCCGUGGCGGUGAGACAGAAGCUCUGAAGAGGAUGAGAGAGUCACUCCAGGACAAGGAGUGGGUUGCCAAGUUUGAGAAACCUAAGGGUGACCCUUCUGCCUUCCUGAAACCCGCGACGACGGCCUUGUCACCAUAUCUGAAAUUUGGUUGCCUGUCGUCAAGGUAUUUUUACCACUGUAUUCAAGAUGUCUACAGGAGUACCAAAAUGCAUACAAAACCACCGGUUUCAUUGACUGGCCAGUUGCUGUGGAGGGACUUCUUCUACACAGUAUCUUUUGGCACUCCUAAUUUCGACCAUAUGAAAGGGAACAAAAUAUGCAAACAGAUCCCAUGGAGAGAGAGUGAGGAGCUGUUUGUUGCAUGGAGAGAUGGCCGAACAGGGUAUCCAUGGAUUGAUGCCAUCAUGAUUCAGCUGAGGAAGUGGGGUUGGAUGCAUCAUCUUGCACGCCACUCUGUUGCUUGUUUCCUGACGCGGGGUGAUCUAUUUAUCCACUGGGAGAAAGGCCGUGACGUCUUUGAAAGGCUACUGAUAGAUUCUGACUGGGCCAUUAACAACGGCAACUGGCUGUGGCUCUCCUGUUCAUCCUUCUUCUACCAGUAUCACAGAAUCUACUCCCCAAUCUCAUUCGGAAAGAAGUACGACCCCAACGGAGACUACAUCAGACAUUUCAUCCCAGCGCUGAAACACAUGCCCAAGCAGUACAUCUACGAGCCUUGGACGGCGCCCCUCAGCGUCCAGGAGAAAGCCAGGUGCAUCAUCGGCAAAGACUACCCGAAACCAGUGGUUGAUCAUGCGGCUGCAAGCAAAGAAUGCAGGGACAGGAUGGGGGAAGCUUACGCGUCGAAUCGCCCUAGUGGCGGUGACCCUGUCAAAGGAAACAAGGCCUCGAAUUCGCGGCAGAGAAAGAUUUCUGAAGAUGCCCCAGACUCAUCCAAGUCCAAGCAACCGAAGAAGAGCAGCUGAGGCGAUUGUAGAAAAGUUUUAACAAGCCUUAGCAGCCUUACUAAACUAUAGUACAGUAUUAAUUCUGAUGUUACAAAGUUUGGGAGAACUGAUUAGUCUUCUUAGCAGCCUUACUAAACUAUACUACAGUAUUAAUUCUGAUGUAACAAAGUUUGGGACAACUGAUUAGUCUUCU